UGACCGAAGGCUGCCCAACUUCACUUCCCCCUCCGCUUAAAUGAAAAAUAGGUCGAAGUAUGAUAUUGCACGGCACAUCAAAAGGGGAUCGAAAUCCAACARACUGCGGUGACAACAAAGGAACAAAGACCGACACACCUCGGUCCGAAAUAAGCCAUCCCUUCCAAAAACCACGACGUUUCUCGGCUCGUUGUCCAUUCGUUCCAUUGCAUUGCCAUGGCCUCCUCGUUAUUAUACCCGCAACAGAACGCCCCGCUCGRAGCAGCGGGGGGAGGAGGGGAAUCCUCCGCAUCCGGGCAGGCGGGGCCUUCCUUCGAUCCAGAGGCGUCCCCGAUUCCGGGCCAGCAGGCAUGGGCGAUACUCGAUCUGCACGGAAAGCUGGUGCGAUCCUCYGCCGAUGGAAGCAGCARCAACAACAGCGGCGGUGACACACAGYCGCCGAUCCUCGCAGACGCGCCGACGCUCUACAACAUGCUGGUCGAGUCGACCCCGCUGGUGGCGAGUGGGCUGAACCGAAUGACCAUCAAUUUUUCCUCCUUGCGGUAUGUUGUCGCCCGCGACGAGCACCACGUGUAUCUGGUUCAGACCAAGGGGGUGUGAUGAGGAAUGCACAACAUUACAAUCAUAGUAGAAUUGCUKUUGCCAUCGCUAUUUCGUUGCGGUCAGGUGUGUUGGAGAAAGAUGUUGGAGUGCAUGAGAACUAUCAAUCACACGAGAAGAUAUGCAAGUAGAAAUCGAAAGCUUCUGCGGCAGAAAUUAUGUUUUAUUUGUGCAUAUACAUGAAAGGAGGCAGGUUGACAGGGCGAUUGGCGUCGUCCGUCCUGMGSAUGCUUGUGGUAAAUGCAGUUUAAGCCGACAAUGUAACAGGUUCGAGGUCACCUAGAGGGAAAAGAAUGCAACGUAGAUACGAUCGUUUCGAAAUGAAUUGGUGUACAAACCUGAUUUCAUCAUUCUAUUAAAGUUUAUGCCAGCAUAUCUACCUUCGAUAUAAAACAGAUCUUAUUCACCGGCUACAGUUCUUUGGCAUCACACUUUUAGCGUCGAAUCAACUAGUAGCGUAGUU